UAAUAUUCUCCGAGAAGAACGACAUACAGUAGACCUUUAAUCCCUCUGAUGAUUUUUCCCUUCUUUCACAAAAACAUACUCGUCUGAUAAUUUCCCCGCAAAACCGUCUUUGACUGUCUGGGAAGCACCAGGAUAAUUCCCUACCAUGCCUGACAAGAUCCUCGAUGACAUCUCCCACCGGAGGUACAACCCACUCACAGACAGCUGGCUGCUCGUCUCGCCUCACCGAACGAAGCGGCCCUGGCAGGGCCAGCAAGAGGGUGCUGCUGUGACGACGCUGCCCGAGUACGACCCCAAGUGCUACCUCUGCCCCGGCAACUCUCGCGCUGCCGGCGACCAGAACCCCAACUAUGAGCAGACGUUUGCCUUUGUAAACGACUACAGCGCCGUCAAGGAGCAGCAGCCCGACUACGAGGUCGACCAGUCGUCGGAUGACCUGGAGUCGCUUUUGCUGCGCGCUCAGGGCGUCAAGGGAGUGUGCUACGUCCUGACCUUCUCGCCCAAGCACAACGUCACCCUCGCCGACAUGUCGGCCAAGGACAUUCUCCCCACCAUCAACCAUUGGACCCGGCUCUACGCCAACCAUCUGUCGCCGUCAAACCCGCUCUCGGCAGUGGCCGCUCAGCUCCAGCUGCCCAUCUCCAAGGAAGAGGCCCCCGUUCCCAAGGACAACUACCGCUACAUGCAAAUAUUUGAGAACAAGGGCGCGGCGAUGGGCUGCUCUAACCCGCAUCCUCACUGCCAGGCCUGGACGACGUCGACGAUGCCCGAGGAGCCGGGCAAGGAGCUGGUGCAGAUGGCCAAGUACCGCCAGCAGCACGGGCGUCAUUUGCUUGCAGACUACAUCAAGUUGGAGCUCGCCAAGGAAGAGCGCGUGGUCUGGCAGAACGACUCCUUUGUCGUGGUGUGCCCGUGGUGGGCCAUCUGGCCAUUCGAGGUCCUCGUCCUCCCCAAGCGACACGUCCGGGCCCUCGUCGACCUCACCGCCGAUGAGCGGCUGCAGCUUGCAGAGGCCAUCCAGGAGGUCACUCGGCGAUACGACAACCUGUUUGAGUGCCACUUCCCAUACAGCUCGGGCAUCCACCAGGCUCCCCUGGACGGAACGCCGGAGGAAAUCGAGAAUGCCUACUUCCACAUGCACUUUUACCCCCCGCUGCUGCGGUCCGCGACAGUCAAGAAGUUCCUCGUGGGGUUCGAGCUCAUGGCGGAGCCACAGCGAGACAUUACACCCGAGCAAGCAACGAUUCGCCUGCGAGCGUGCGAUGGGGAGCUCUACCGGAACAAGUUGAGCUAGACAUCUCAGCCUGUAUAUAGAAACAUACAAACAUCUUUUCAUCAUGUG